UCUACAUUGCUUGAAACAGCGGGAUUUGUUUUAUUUUUUCCGAUGAACAAAAACGAAGCAAAUUCGCCACUGCUGCUCCCACACAAUGGCUGUUGCAGAAGAGGUUACAGUCUUCGCUGAGACUAACUUGGGAACUAGAAUCGUCAUGACGGUUCCUCUGGAUAUCACAGCAGCAGAUUUCAAGAGAAAACUCGAGAAGACUCAUGCAAUUUGCUUCUCGAAUUUAGGGGAGAUACAAGUUCAUGGUCUGAUGGUUAAACGAAAGUCUAGCUUUUACUACCUUGUCGAGUCUGUGCCUAUAAAGUACAUCUUCCGGGAUAACCGAAAGCCUUGGUUUAUCCAUGCAGAAGCUAGAGCUGUAAGCAGAUCACAAGAGCUAAGUGUAUCUAACAGCAUUGAUAAAACCCACAUUCGACAUUGUCCUGGUUCUGAUAACUCCAUCGAAGGAGUAACUGCGUUGAUCCAAGGUAAAAACAAGAAGAUAAAGAAAUCUCGGGCCAAACCUGAUUCCAGAAAUCUUGCAUCUAGACAACAAACUUGCCUUGACAAGAGAGAGUAUCUUGGUCCUUCCACAUCUGAACCUGAAACCAUAAGAUCUUCAUCGUCAAUAGCAAGAGUUGCUGAGAUGAAAAACUCUGAAUGUUUGGAAAGCUUCACACCAAAACCGCCAGGGAGGAAUCCUGUAGACCCUAUAAGCGAAAUGAUAGGCAAGAAAGUAACAGUGGCUGCAAACAACAUCAGAAUGCAAGGAAAGACUCAUAUUUCUUCGUCACUAUCAUCAUCUAUUAUCAGAAGUAAUUCUUGCAGAAACAGAUCUUUAGAUGGUAAGAUAAUCACUUCUCUUGCAAAAUUUAUGGUCUUUGAGGUACCGGAUUAUGAGGAUUGAGUCUUUAAUUAAGCUCUCCCAUAAUGCCUCAUAGCAUAAGAAGUAGCAUUGUGUUGUAGAGGUGCAAGUGAUCAUGAUUCUUUUUGGCAAAUAUUUUGUGAAUGUAAAAUAAUCCAUACGUAUAUAUGAGUAAGUUUUAUAA